AAAACUGAUGUGGGUGUUUUGUCAAUGAUAAAUUAAUUUGCUAGCAAGGUUGAUUUUUACUUAUAUCUAGUUUGAGAAAAUAAGCAUUCUCUGAUCAGGAGUAUCGCACUUAUGUGGUAACUUCAAAUAAGAGAUCGACGAAGUGCUUGAUAUAUUGAUAUCAACCAGAUCAUUAAACUCAAAAUAUGGAACUAAUUUCUGUUUUUAAAACGUCUAAAAAUGAACUACAACGUAUGGCAACUCGGAGUAUGUCCAAACGGAAACCCCUAGAAUUUCGUCAUGAAAAUAAAAAUAUAAAGAAGCAUAACGUAAAGCUUCAAAAUGAAACACAAUGUAUGGUUACUCGAAGUAUGUCCAAACGGAAACACCCAGGAUCGGUAAAUGAUAAUGAAAAUAGAAAGAAGCUGAAAAAAAAAAGAAAUGAGCAGGGUGUGGAUAACAUGAAAGUUGAAAUUGAGGAGGAGGUGCUGCAGACAGAAAAUGAUAUCAUUACCGAAAAUAAAGAACAAAAUGUAAGACCAACACAUUUAGAAGUACAUGAAAGCUGUAUCGACAAUUUAAAAGACGAUGAUGCCUUUGAUCCCAAUGACAAUAAUGCACAGAAACGAAAUUUAACUAUUACUACAACUAAGCUGGGUGACGUUUCUUGUGAAAAAAGACAUGGCAUAGCCAUCAAUACAGAUUAUGAGACUGUAUCAGAAAGUCGAACCACUAGCCAGAAUAGUUAUGAGAGUUCAACAACAGGAAUCGAUGCUUUAUACAGCCGUAUAUCAACCUUUACGAGUUCAGAAACAAUAAGGAGAGAAAAACCGAAAGCAUUUCGAAAGUUAUAUAGACUGCUAGGAGAGCUUGAACACAAGGACAAUGGAUUAAGAGCCAAAAACCCUUUGUCCUCUACCAAAGUUGCAGAGCAUGUUGCAUAUGGAAGCACUCGAUUAGUAUCAAAGUACAUAUCAACAUGUUCUACCCUUUCCGCAGCAAAAAACUUGCUUAGAUUAAAAAUGAAAAGUAAAAGUUACAGAAACGGAAUCCAAACAAUUGUAGCAAUUGAUGUCAAUAAUCUUCCUUCAGAUGUCGCUAUUAUUGAUCUCACUAAUGAAAAUAUCAGAAAAAAAUAUGAACUUCAGAAUAACGACUACUUAAACGAAAAAUUUCAUAAAUUUGCCGCCUCCUAUGGGGAGGUCUUGCUUGAAGGAUAUAUACCUCCCGACUGUCUUGAAUAUGCAUGAUAUAUCACACGAAAGUGGUCUUAUAACAGCAGUAGUAAUGGUAAUUGUAUAAGAACACAUAAGGAAUUGGCGAGUUCUGAUCAAAAGCAUAAUGUGAUACUAUUAUGUAUUUUCAUUUUUUUCAUUCAUUUUGACAUCUAUUUCAAACUUUUGUGUGUAAAAUCUUCGAUAUAGUCUCAUGUUCUGUGUCGUGUUAUCUUAA